AUGAUUUUGCGCAAACUGGACAGGUCAAACUCUCAUGAAACUGCUCUGAGUGAAAUUAUGUUUUUACUGCUACUCUUUGCAACUGCCCUGGCCUACCCUAUGGUCCUUGAUAUUGGUGAUGAGGUAGAUCCUAGGGAAGUCGCAAUAGCGGGACGAGGUACUCCAGAAUUGCAGUAUCUUAUUUUCACUCCAAAGAGUCAUGUGGAUGUGAUAAAGGUAAUACGUGGCUCUGAGUUCAUUUGGGAGGGACAGAAGGGAGAACGAUGUCUAUCCAUUUCUAUCAGUAAAGUUCCUAGGGAUCGUCUUAUUGCAUCCGCUAGGAUUGCUAAUGAAAGUACUUGCGUUUCUCAUGUUUAUUUCUACUUUAAUGAAGACAAAUGGGAAAACGUUGAUUGCGGGAGAUAUCAUGAUAUACUCUUUGGUCUUACGGCAGAUGCAAUUUUCGAUUUAGGCACUCCCGUUAAUGAAAGAAAGUUUUUGGUAAGGGAAUACAACCCUUUUUACCAUCCCUCCUAUAUUUACACUCCAAGAUUCAACUAUUAUAUCACCAGCGUUGUUUAUAAUGAUCAAGUCUUGUGGAAGAGUCCAUCUGAGAAUGACCGAUGUGAAAAGAUUGUAUUUCAUGGUAUACGAGGUUAUCUUGAGUAUGUUCAUUUGCUUACCCAGGAGGGUCCAAUUUAUGUUAAUUAUUACUUUGAAAAGGUUGCUGAUACUUGGGCUCCACUAUCGAAAACGUCAUUUUUUAAAAAUAUAGAGCGUUUAUCUAUUACUGAAGACACAAAGCUUUAAGUUUAUCAAGUGAUUUAAAAUGCAGUUGUUGCAAAGAGGCGAUGGAAUUAAGACUUAUUCGAGUAUGUCCCCUAAAAGUCUGUGGGUACUGUUAUAGAAGGAGACACUACACUCAUUUGUAUUAUUA